GAAUGUGAUGCCCAAGACACUGGACGGCCAGAUCACCAUGGAGAAGACCCCGAGCUACUUCGUGACCAAUGAGGCCCCCAGACGCAUUCACUCCAUGGCCAAGGACACGAAGCUGAUCGUGGUGGUGAGGAACCCGGUCACCCGGGCCAUCUCGGACUACACACAGACGCUCUCCAAGAAGCCAGAGAUCCCCACCUUUGAGGUGCUGGCCUUCAAGAACCGGACCCUGGGGCUGAUCGAUGCCUCCUGGAGCGCCAUCCGCAUCGGGAUCUAUGCCCUGCACCUGGAGAACUGGCUCCAGUAUUUCCCCCUCUCCCAGAUCCUUUUUGUCAGUGGUGAGAGGCUCAUCACUGACCCGGCUGGGGAAAUGGCCAAGGUCCAGGACUUCCUAGGCCUCAAGAGGAUUGUGACAGAGAAACAUUUUUAUUUUAAUAAAACCAAGGGGUUCCCCUGUCUAAAGAAGCCAGAGGACAGCAGUGCUCCCCGGUGCUUGGGCAAGUCCAAGGGUCGAACUCACCCCAAAAUAGACCCAGACGUCAUCCACAGACUGCGGAAGUUUUACAAACCCUUCAAUGUCAUGUUUUACCAAAUGACAGGCCAAGACUUCCAGUGGGAACGGGAAGAAAGUGAUAAGUAG